AUGUCUGGUAACUUGACGUCAGCAGUAUCGCCUCUCACUGUAUUGUUGAGUCUCGUCGCGGGACUCUAUGUGCUAUGGAAUUAUCGUAGACCAACUUGGAGCACUGUUUUGAAAGUGCCAACGAGCCUCAACCUGACCUAUUUUGUAUCUUACCAAGAUGAACCUCAAGAUACUCUUCUCGAUGAGUGCAGUCAACGUGCUUUGAUUGGCCCCACGGGGGACACUGGUGGCUAUCGUGGGAAGAAGGUUUAUAUAGACCUUGGUGCCAACGAUGGAUCUUCACUCAAGUACUUCUUUAAUGAUUUCGCACCGAGCACUUUAGCCGAGGGUGAUAUUAAUUUGGGCGAAUGGGAAGUAUAUCUGUUCGACCUCAACCCGUUAUGGGAGAACGACCUCAAGACUCGAUGCGCAUCUUACAGCGACUUGGCAGUGUGUGAGGUUAUCUUGGCUGGAGCGUGGAACAGUACUAAGAGCAUCGGAUUCGUCAAAUCCACUCUUAUUGAGCUUUCAGAGACCCCCUAG